AUGGAACCUAGAGCGUGGUGCCCCACCCCCUCCACCUCCACGUUCCAUCAUCUACUUCCUGUAACGGAUCUUCCCGACAACCGGUUCCCCCAUAACAACGGCCACUUCCGGUCCAUCCAAGCCGUUGGCCAGCCGCUUGCCAUCCAGCUGCGAGUACUCCUGUGGGAGCCAUCAUGGCUUACCGUUGGAAGGCUCCGAGGAGGCGGAUGGUAUCUCCGCCUCCGCUGCUGCCCAUCCUCCUGCUGCCUGGUCCGCUGUUUUCCUAUCCGAGAGACCUGCCGGAUGAUGGUGACAGCGCCCGCCGUGAUGCCCGCAGAGGCCGUGAUGGUGAGACGCCAUUACCACGGCGAGUGCGAGGUCGCGUUCAACAGCCCCGCCGCUCUGGAGGUCCACGAGUCCUUCCAGUGCCUGGCCAGGGCCUGCGCCCUUCACCACCACCACGACGUGGCCUUGAAGCUCGUCGCCCACUUCCUCCUGCUCCUCUCCCACGAGCACAGCAAGAGGGCCAAGAGCCUGAUGUUCCUGCUGAACCGGCAUGGCAGCCGGUUCUCCUUCCUCGACCUCAGGAUGCCCAAGACCCAAGAGUGGGAGAGCAGACUCCAAGCCAUGCAGGACACCCUGCACCUGGAGAAGAGCGUCAGCCAGAGCCUGCUCGACCUGCACCACCUGGCCACCGACAGCAGCAACGCCCAUCUGUGCCACUUCCUAGAGAUGUGCCACUUCCUAGAGAUGUGCCACCUGGACCAGCAGCUCGAGUUCAUCGAAGAGCUAGGAGACCAUCUCACCAGUGUGCGCAAGAUGAGGUCCUUGGAAGGCGGUCUGGUGGAGUACGUCUUUGACAAGCUUACCCUGGGCAACGGCGACAAGGAGGACUGAUUCUGGACUGGACUUUCCCCUGAGUCAUGGGUGACUGCCCAAGGUCACCCUGCCUGCCACGCAGAUGGCAGUAUUUCCCACGUUUUUUCUUCCAGUUUUGCCAGUCCUUCCAAUAAAAU